UUGUCGGAUUCAGGUUAUGUCAAAUGUUCCUCCGAGAAUAAUACAAACAAUCAAGUCCAUGAAUAUGGAAAAAACGUUGAUGGAAGUCCAUACAAUGCAUAUUUGGAACUAAAGUCGUCAGAUUAUGACAGAAUACGAGACUCAGCGCUCCUUUCGAUGUCAGCUAAAUCGGAUCAUGAAUACUUCACGCCAGAUGACAUUCCACACCCGGGAUACCCUAACUCCGAUUACGGUUUAUCGGACUCGCUGUACGAGAAACCAGUACAAGUUGUCCAUCCUUUGCGAAACCAGGCACAGAAAAUCACACGUGUACAGAAUACCAUUAGCCAGCCACCACCCGUCCCAAAACCUCCAGAUAGGAAACAGUCCAAACGUAGCAAGCGACCUCUUCUCGUCUGCUGUAUUUCCUUCUUGUUUAUUAUAACCGUCUCCUCCGUAGGAACUAUCGUGUUUCUUGUAUUAAACAACAAAGAUAAACCAGAACCUAAUCAAAACACACAGAUAUCAACAGAUUUGAAUCAGGAUGCAUCAUCGAUGACGCCAGGAAUUUCAGAAACAACAACCUCAAAAUUAACUGAAACGAUAACAACACCGACUACAACGAUAUCAUCAAUAAUGACAACGCCACCAAUGGUAGAGACAACAAUAAAAACAACGCAAACUACAACAGAAAAGACGACAACGUUUACAACAGGAACAAUGUCACCAACAACAAAGGAAACAACAACAUCGAUGACAACAACACCAACAACAAAAUUGACAACUACGACAACAGCAUCGAACAUAUCAGCUGGAAAUAGAAGCAUGGAUUGUAAGCAACUACAUCAGCAGGGUUAUACCAGUACAGGGGUGUACACGAUAUACCCCUACUUCCCCGUGACCAGACCAGUGGAAGUUUACUGUGAUAUGACAACAGAUGGAGGGGGAUGGACGGUGUUUCAGCAUAGAAAGGAUGGAGCUGUUGAUUUCUUUUGGUUUUGGUCGAACUACUCAUCAGGAUUUGGGCGACCACAAGGAGAGCAUUGGCUUGGAAACAAUCACUUACAUCAGCUGACAACCCUUGGAACGUCAGAUCUUUACAUUCUCCUAGAAAAAUUCGGCGGUGGUUGGUUCUAUGCCAAGUACAAAGAUUUUAGGAUUGCCAACGUAUCAGAUAGUUAUAGGAUGAGAGUUAAAGAGGGUUCUUAUCAGGGGACUGCAGGGGAUUCCAUUGAAAGUCAUGGAACAACUAACACGAAUGGAUAUAAAUUCACUACAAUUGACAUAGAUAAUGAUUUUGCUCCGAGCAAUUGUGCAUUAGCACGCAAAGGCGCAUGGUGGCAUAAUAUAUGCACGUGGGCAAACCUUAACGGAAUAUACGGAAAUGGAAGUUGUGUGGCUGCUGAGAAUUGUAAUUUUUGGUAUUCACUGUCAACCAGCUAUAUUGGUGUAAAAACUUCAUUUAUGAUGGUUCGCAGAGUUUGACAAAUUGGAUUGUUUUAACGCUGAAAUGUAUGCAAACUUUCUAGAACGCCUUUUAUAAUUAUCAUCAAAUAUUUACAUUCUAAAAAUGUUUCCCAGUAUAAAGUGCAAUAUUCUUUUGGAACAUGUUGUAUUUAAGCCUUUAUGUACACAGGCGUUAAGUCAUGAACAAUCGAUUCAUAAAUAGAUUGUUAACGUGUUUAACAAAUUUAAUUCAUAGUGUAU